CAGGCUUAAUUUAUUAUUCGAUCUGCAGUUCUGGAAUAGUGGGAUUGCUGUUAACUAGAAUUCUGUUACCCUAUAUACGCAAGAGAGAGAUUGACGUGAUGAUAUUUGAAUUUCAUAGGAACAUUCAGCUUAACUUGCAUACAUGUUGUAAUUGGUAAAUAACCCCAACAAAGUAAUUAACUAAUUCAAAAGCUUGAUCAUGGUGGCUUGGCCUUUUGUUCUGUAUAUUACAGAUGAAAUUGUGAAAGAAAGAUUCUGCCCUUACUUUGGUAGCCAGCUAGAGGUUAAAUAUAUCAUGUCUAAACAUACUGUGAGCUAGACAUGCUUUUUCUUACAUAUACAUAAAAAUCCAGUAAAUCAGCCAAACAGUGGAAGAAAAGAAAAUUCCAAUAGAAUAAUAUGGACAAAAGGAAAUGAACAAAACCUUCUGAAGGUUAUGCAGGGGUUCCUUUAUAAAUGUCAAAAGAGGGUGCCGCCUAAAAUAGCUAAAGAGAGAGCAUGUUGGUGAUCAAAUGGCCUCCAAUUAAUAAUUUUCCCAACUCCAGAUCGAAUUCAAAGAUAUGUAUGUAUUUAGGUCGCACUUGUACUCAUACAUGACCAUCUACAUAUACAAUGUUCGUACGUGUGUAUUACUUGAUUCAUGAUGAGCAAGGCUGACCUAAUUCACUUUGAUAUGGCUACUUUUUCUUUUAUAUAUGAUGUGGGAUCUAGCUAGUAAAGUUGAUACCUUUAAAAAAAAGGUGUGUUGCAAGGCUUAUGCUGCUUAAUUACAUUAGAGUUGAUAUAUAUACGACUAUGCAUGGGUGCUGUGUUUCUUUACCACCACUUGUCUGGGAAAGCACAGACCACAGUAGCCUAAGCUCAGGUCUUCUACCAAUCAGUGCUGAUAAUUAACAUUAAAAGGCUUCUGGCAGCUGACAUGAUGAUCAUGAUCGAUAUGAUCAUAUCCUCAAUUCAAGCUAGUACUAUUCUUUCCAUUUCCAUUUGUCCCUUUUUCUUAGCUUAUACAAUAUUAUCCUUUUUAUUCAUGUGUUAUAUAAAUGUUCUUUUGUCCACUUAAUAUUAAUCUGAAUACAACGUACCCCAUUAUAGGUCGACCAUGAUUUUUUUAUGGCACUUCAUUGUCAACAGAUGAGCGCUAUGUUUUAAGAUCAAUGAUAUCCAUGCAUGGUUCAAUCACCUGCAAAUUGAUCAUCUGCUUUGAUUCAGAUAUUCAUCUGAUCUGUUGGUUUGAAUCAUUUAAUCAAUACUAUUAGUCAUUCAGUCCAACUAGUAGUACUGAUGAUGAACUCAUGCAUGAAGUCAUGAUCAGUUCAUCUCAGUUCAUCAUGUCAUUGAUUAGCCAAUUAAUAUAAAUUAACUUAAGGAUGGUAAGUCAACAAUGCUUGCUUGCUGGUUCUUGACUAGUAACGUACGUUUUUGGAGGGGUCAGUGAGUCAGUGACUUGACUAAUUGGCAGGAUCGAUAUAAAUGAGUCUCAACCACUUGAGUUAACUUUUCAGUAACGUCCAAAUAAGAUUUAAUUGAGCUGCUUCAUCAACUAGACGCCCUUCACCCUUUGUAUAUAUACAUUUGAUCUCAUCUUUCAUCAUCUCUCACAGUAAUUCUGUUCACCUCGCAAAGAUCGAAUUGCUGCAGUUUAUACUUCCACACUUACUCUCUUUAAUUUCCUCGAUAUCAAUUAUUAUUUAGAAACUCCAUCUCCUCGUAGCUAGCUAGCUUGCUGUAUAACAUAAAGGGGUGGCUUGCCGCUGCUAGUCUUGCAGGAACAAGAUAGAUGGUGGUGGUCCACAAGUCUCGACUGAACCUUAGUCCUUAGAUUUCAGGGUUUAAGGUGAUCGAUUAGGCUGUCUGAAUCUUUUUCGGAAUUUAGAAAUCAACCAAACAGCUCGCAUGCUGCACCAGUUUUCAGAUUUGAUGGGACAAGUGCUGCUUUGAUCAUUGGUUAAGAAUAUAUAUACAUAUACCAAUACAUUUGAAGAUGAAGUUUAUGAAAAUUGGGACCAAGCCGGAUACCUUCUACACUGAACGAGCUACCAGGUCUGUAGUUUCAGAUGUACCCAGCGACCUUCUCAUACAAAUCAACAACAUCAGUUAUGUUCUCCAUAAGCUGCAGUUUCCAUUGCUUCCAAAAUGCGGUCUAUUACAACGGCUUUGCUGUGAUUCUGGUGAUCUGGAAAAAAUGAACAUAGAGCUUCACGACAUUCCAGGAGGCGAAGAAGCUUUUGAACUGUGUGCUAAGUUCUGUUAUGGAAUUAAAAUAAAACUCAGUGCCUAUAACUUUUUACCUGCAUAUUGUGCUGCUAAAUUCCUUGAAAUGACUGAAUCUGUAGACAAGGGAAAUUUUGUCCUAAAACUCGAGGCUUUCCUCAAUUCAUGCAUUCUCGAAGGUUGGAAAGACUCCAUCGUCACACUACAAACUACUGUUAAGUUGCCUGACUGGUCUGAGAAUCUUGGAAUCAUCAGAAAGUGCAUCGAUUCAAUUGUUGAAAAAAUCCUUACACCCCCACCACAGGUGACAUGGUCAUACACUUAUACCAGACCUGGUUACAACAAAAAGCAUCAUCAUUCUGUCCCCAAGGAUUGGUGGACAGAGGAUAUAUCAGACCUUGAUAUAGACCUGUUUCGGUGUAUAGUUACUGCUGUUAGAUCAACCUAUAUGCUGCCACCACAGCUCAUUGGGGAGGCUUUGCACGUCUAUGCUUGCCGUUGGCUACCAGACACCACAAACAUUAGACCUCCUCCGGAUCAAAAUAGCGAUUAUAAUCAUGAUGAAACAUUAAUGGAAAAGAAUCGAAGGAUUGUUGAUACCAUUGCUAGUAUGAUUCCUGGAGAUAAGGGAUCGGUUUCAGUUGGUUUCUUGCUAAGGCUUCUUGUUAUUGCAAGUUAUCUAGGAGGAGUGUCUCCGGUGACAAAGAGAGAACUCUUGAGGAGAUCCAGUCUACAACUUGAAGAGGCAACCGUGAAUGACCUGCUUUUUCCUUCACACUCACCCACUGACCCUGAAUUUUAUGAUAUUGACUUAGUGUUGGCACUCUUGCAAAGUUUCUUGGUGAUAUGGAGAAGACAAUCCCCUGCAGCAGCUGCAGAAAACAGCCACCACUUUUUCAGGACAGUAAGAAAGGUUGGGAAGAUCAUUGAUUCUUACCUUCAAGUCGUUGCAAGGGAUGCCAACAUGCCAGUAUCAAAAGUGGCAACUCUUGCUGAAGCUUUGCCAGAUAUGGCUAGGGAAGACCAUGAUGACAUCUACAAGGCUAUUAACAUUUAUUUAAAGCAGGAGCACUCUGAUCUGAGCAAGGCAGAUAAGAAGCGCUUGUGCCGCAUUUUAGACUGCCAGAAGUUGUCGCCAGAGGUACGUGCUCAUGCUGUCAAAAAUGAGAGGCUACCAUUGAGGAUUGUUGUGCAAGUCCUCUUCUUUGAGCAAGAGAGAGGUUCCAACUCUAAGGCAGCAGCGACAUCUCAUAGACUACCGGGCCAGCUGGAGCAACUUUACAGCUCAGGAAAACAAACAUCAACUACCAGCAGGGGUGAAGAUCAUGCAGCUAAGCAAAGAUUGGGUGGAGAUGAUGAAAAACUCAGUAGGGGGGAGGGCACGAGAAGAACCAAUAAUGCCGUUUCUGAAACCACGAAUGCUACUGGAAAGAGAGAUAUUUAUGAGCAAAGGAAAAGAUCAGAAGCAAAGUCUGCAGUGGAAUUCACGGAAAGAAGGGCCUUGAAUAGGGGUGAAAUACAAGUGGAAGAAGUAAAUAUGGGAAGAGAAAUCAGGGAGCUGGGAAUAUUAUCAGCUGGGAGCAAGUUGGACGCCAGCAAGAUGAUACACAAGGGAAGUAGAUCAUCAGAGCAUGGCCGCGACAAAGCCAAAGACAGAUAGCAAACUAAAUAUAUGUAUCAACAUUCAUCCUUCUUCCCUUUCUUAUUUUGCACAUGUACAUGAAUUUAAGUUUUUUGUUUUGGAAAAUUCUGGAGUUCUGAACAAUGUUGUGCGCCCUAUUCAAUAUAGUAUUGCGUCAGUAAUGCUGUGGAAAUUCAAAGCA